CGACAAGAGAUGAUGAAUCUCACAUCUCAUCUCAUCUCAUCAGCCAUUGACUUCAUUCCGCGGCAUAUUUAGGUCCCAUACAGUCAUUAUAAUACUCAUUCCGCGCGCUCAUCUCCCAUCGAGUCAUCUCAAACCCCCUAGCCAACUCAUAACAAUCUUCCACCUCACAUCGACCUCCUCAACACCAAGAUCCUCGCAUAUCUCACAUCUACACCAUCCCUCUAGAGAACCUCAUCACCACAAUGGCCUCCCCCAACCUCCCCUCCAGCUACAACACCUUCACCCUCCCCACCCUCCAAUUCUCCCACCACCCAGCCUCCUCCCCGACCGUCACCCCCGUCGUCAUCCUCAAGCUUCACCGUCCCGCCGCCCGCAACGCCUUCACCCAGGAAAUGGCCACGUCCCUCAUCGCCGCCUUCGACCAGCUCUCGUCCGACCCCCGCGUCAAGGCCAUCGUCUUCACCUCCUCCGACCCUUCCAACAAGUUCUUCUGCGCGGGGAUGGACUUCAACGCCGGCGGCCAGGCCUCCUCCUCGCCCGACCAGCACCGCGACGAGGGGGGGCAGGUCAGCCUCGCCCUGCACCGCUGCACAAAGCCCGUCGUCGCCGCCCUCAACGGCUCCGCCGUCGGCGUCGGCAUCACCAUGACCUUACCCGCAAACAUCCGCGUCGCCAGCAAGGACGCAAAAGUCGGCUUCGUGUUUGGCCAGCGCGGCUUCUGCCUCGAGGCCUGCAGCAGCUUCUUCCUGCCUCGUCUUAUCGGCACUGCAAAGGCCUUGCACCUGGCUACUACGGGCGGCGUCUAUCCCGCGGGCCACAAGCUCUUCGAUGGGCUCUUUAGUGAGGUUGUUGAGGCGGACCAGGUGCUCCCCACGGCGCUCAAGAUUGCAGAUGAGAUUGCUGCCAACGUGAGCAUGGUGUCGGCCACGGUGAUGAAGAACCAGAUCUACAGGGCGCCGGCAACACCGGAGGAGGCGCAUCUGGUGGAGAGCAAGAUGUUUUACUCGCUUGUCAGGAGUAAUGAUGCGAGGGAGGGCAUUGAGAGCUUUCUGCAGAAGAGAAAGCCUGAGUUUAAGGACACCAUUGAUGAGAAUGCUCCUCCGGGAUAUCCGUGGUGGGCGGCGGUGGACGUGAGGCCAAGAUCAAAGCUUUGAAUAACGGGAGUGGAUGUAAAAUUAUAAAGAAGAGAUAAAUGUCUUGGUACGCAGCUGCUACUGUAGAGAGACAUGAUAAUGAUAUGUACAUGUAUGUAAGCCAUGUCAACAAUACAUCUAAUAAUACCAUGUAUCCAAACGAGUGAGCAUAUAUGUAGUCACUCUCGCAAACAAAAUGACCAAAAUCUACAUCUCGACGAAUUAGCACACGAUAUCUGCAAACCGUCAGAUAUUCACCGAGC